GUCAGUUCCAUAAUGGCUGAAGAUCCUGGAGGAGCUUUCUUUAAUUUCACCCUCAUUUUUAUCGGUUUUUCGUUACCUCUGCUGGAAAGAUGGCAGGGCACACAGCCUCGAUAAACGGCCACAUACCCCCGCUCUCGUCAUGCCCAAGAAAGGGAACCGAAAACGGCUGAAAUUUAAAGCCGAGGAUGUUUGCUCGGAGUCAGUAACUGUGGCUGACUAUGCCAACGCCGAUCCAGCCAUCGUGAAGUCCGGACGAGUUAAAAAGGCUGUUGUUAAUGCAAUUGAAAAAGAAGUGAAAUUACUCUGUGGACUCGAGGCAUCUCAGGGUCCUGUGCAGGAAGUGCUCUCGUCUGCAGUCGGUGUAAGGAAUGCAGCCCAUGAGAGCAGCGACGAACUGGACUCAGAGGAAGGGGAUGAAAUCAAAGGGUCCCGCAAAAAGAAAAAUAAAAGACGCAAAGAAAACAGUGAAAGCAUAGCCGGAGAGGAGUAUCCCAUUGAUAUUUGGCUUGUGCUUGCUGCAUACAUUCGGCCAGAAGACGUCUGCAGGUUCUCUUUGAUCUGCAAGAAUGCUUGGACUGCCACAUGCACAGCUGCAUUUUGGACUCGACUCUACAAAAGGCACUAUAAUCUUGAUGCAGAACUCCCCGAUCGCCUACAGCCUGAUUCUAUCGCAAGGAUGCAUUGUCUUCGUGCCCGUGUGAUUCGCUCGCUUUUUCACUUAUAUGAGCCCUUUAGCUCACGGGUGUCCAGAAGCCCUCCUCUUCCUGAAUCUACUCCUACUACACUCCUCAAUUCCAAGUGUUUGUUGUUUUGGAUCAACAAAGUGUCUGGAAGUAGGUCAGAGUCGAUGUGGGAAUUCAACUUCAAGUUUGUAAAACUGCCAACGAAGGGCAAAAAUGGAUGUAGUUUGGGUCUUCAGCUGCCCAAGCAGUAUAAAGAUGUUCACACUAAUCCAGACUCAGACUGUUAUCUACUGCGGGUCACUACCCUCAAUUUCAUUUUUACUUCUGUUGUGAUGGGCAUGACGUUAACUUUGUUCACCAUUAACGUGAGCACAGACAUGAGGCACCACCGAGUGCGUCUGGAGUUCCAGGAUUCACCAGUCAUUAGAGGAAAGAAACUUAGGGGUGAGCAGGGGGUGCAGGUAGUGCUGGACCCUGUCCACAGCGUGCGCCUCAUGGACUGGUGGCACCCUCAGUACCCCACAUCUUCAUAUAAUUAGACUGAUGAACUCCAUCAACCUCCUCAAUUACAAAAAUAUUGCAGAAGACAAUUCAGGCCUGUUUCAACCAUCUUAAAAUCCUGAGUUGGCAUGGCAGUCACUAUUUUCUGUUGAAUUUUACGCUCUGCACUUAUCGUGCUGCUUUUAUGGACACUUUAGUUUGAUCAGAAUCCUAACUCAAGGUCUCAAGACACUGUAGGAGGAAAUUGCCUUUAAUAGUUCAGGUAGCUGCCAUAUUUAAUUUGACAUAAAUGAAAACAAUGUGGGAUGUGCCAUACUGUCAUUUUCAACCUGUUUUUCUGGAGGGUUUCUUUUCUCCUGAAAAAAAUCUGGAAAUUUCUGACUUCAUUUUUUUUCCUUCCACUUCCAAUGAUCAAAUUCCAAGUACACAGCCAUACUUUCUGAACAGACUGUGCUUGCCUCUCUUUCGUGUAUGGCAAAAAAAGUCAAAUUAAAUAUGACUUCUACAUCAGAAGUACAUGACAUGGUUUUCUAUCCUUUUGAGAGUAAGAAAUUCCGCAUCAAGUAAUCAUAACAUUUGCAUUACUGUAGGACUCUAGUCUUAAAUCAUGUGAUUUAAUAGCUAGUUGUUUUUCUUCUUUAGCAUUCCCAAGAUUCACCUGAACUCCGUUUUAUCUCACCCUGUCUCUGGAAAUUUGUGAAUCGGUAAACUGGAUGAACAUUAAAAUCUAUGACAAAUCUGUAAAAAAAAAAAAAAAAAAAAAAAAAAAAUCUCUCAAGGAUGGUCAGUUGUGGAGAGGUGUAGGUUAACCCAUUUUGAAUAACUUUUAGAUUGGUGUUAGAUUUAGGGACGGAAAGCUGGCGUUUCAUGUAUUCAGUGCUUUCUUUGGGGCCAUUAUGAGUUCAGCUUUGUUACUGUGCAUGAUUGCCUAGUUAAAAGUGCUUCUAAUUGACUGCAUUGGCGAGGGAGUUUCUAUGUGUUGUAGAUAUUAAAGUGUCUUAGUUAAAAGAAUGAUAUUGUUUGUGAUAAAGAGGAAGUUAUUAAACCUAUAGACAAAACCAAAGUUAAAAUUUAUUUCCUUAUCAUAAUCAAAUACAGAAGUUUGUGGAGUAAAUUCUGUUUCUUUUAAGCUUUGGAGCAUUUUGUUUUAGACUGGAAAGUUGCAUCAGAAGGCACUGAUGUUUUGGGCUAUUAAAUAAGAAACUGUAA